UAAGCCAUUUGUAACAAUGAAUGGCUAUUUUAUACAUUAUGAUAAAAAACAUAUAUUUUAUACAGUGGAAGAAGAAGAAGGAAUAAGAGUUUUUUUGUUAUUGGACAUCAAUUCUGUUCCCUUUAAAGUGUUUUUCCCCUCAUGCACAGGGAGAAAAAACCCCCCAUAAAGGAACCUUCUUCUGACACUGAAUAACCGUAUAGACUAUUAUGCUGCAGGUACUUCAGUAUUUUAGCUUAGAGCGGGAGUCUGACUUGACCAAUGCUUAAUGGUCCCACGUGGAUACCAUGGCAACACGUAAUUUCAGCUUUGUUUGGCAUUGCUGUGUGUGUAUGCGCCGUGUUCUUUCAAUAGCUUAUUUAGGAUAAAGGUCUUGCCCUGGAGGACACGCUCUAGAUUUCUGCGCUACACAGAUCAUGCAAAGGUGCUUAUUUCAGCUCAGGAUGAGUAAAGAAUUGGAGGAGCUUUCUCCCCUGGACGACUCGGGACAUGGUGAUGGGUCUGAGGAAGAAACAGAGGAGGAUGAUGAGCCCAAAAUUUGUCAAGUAUGCGGCGACAAAUCCACAGGCUACCACUUUAACGCCAUGACCUGUGAGGGCUGCAAGGGCUUCUUCAGGCGCGCCAUUAAGCGACCCGCACAGCUCUGCUGCCCGUUUCAGAACGCUUGUGUCAUCACUAAGAGCAACAGGAGACAGUGCCAAUCCUGCCGACUCCAGAAAUGCCUCUCAAUCGGCAUGAAGAGGGAAUUGAUCAUGUCGGAUGAGGCCGUGGAGAAGCGGAGGAUGCAGAUCAGGAGGAAGAGGAUGCAGGAGGAGCCUGUAACGCUCUCUCCUCAACAGGAAACUGUCAUUCAGGAGCUGCUCACUGCACAUCACAAGACCUUCGACAUGACUUGCACCAACUUUAUUCAGUUCCGGCCUUUAGAUCGGGAUCAGAAAUCCAUUUCUGAGCACGGUCUAGAACCGAACAGUGGCAGGGUCUUUCACGUAACCAUGCACAAAACACCGUCUGAAGAUGCAAUGCAACGGAACAUCAGCCUUUCCUCGCCCUCGUCCCCUUCCUCCAGCUUUCAGAGUCCUGAGAAUAAAGAGCGGAAGCAACAUAAAAGUGUCAUUUUCACUACUCUGCCACAUUUUGCAGACCUCACCACGCACAUGAUCAAGAAUAUAAUCAACUUCAGCAAAGCGCUUGCAAUGUUCAGGGCUCUAAUCAUAGAGGACCAGAUCGCGCUGCUGAAAGGUGCCACCUUUGAGAUCAUUCUGAUCCACUUCAACAUGUUCUUUAAUGAGGUGACAGGCAUCUGGGAGUGCGGCCCGCUGCAGUACUGCCUGGAUGACGCCAUGAGAGCUGGUUUCCACCGCCAUCUGCUGGACCCUAUGAUGAAUUUCCAUUACGCUCUGCGCAAGCUGCAUUUACAUGAAGAGGAGUAUGUGCUGAUGCAGGCCAUCUCGCUCUUCUCACCAGAUCGCCCUGGCGUGACACAUCACAACAUGAUUGACCGCAACCAGGAAAUAGUAGCACUCACCCUGAAGACCUACAUUGAGGCCAAGCGGUCCGAGCCAAAUAAACAUCUGCUGUACCCAAAGAUCAUGGAGUGCCUGACCGAGAUGAGGAGUAUGAAUGAAGAGUAUACAAAACAACUGCUGAAAAUCCAAGACAUUCAGCCUGAUGUGUCUCCGCUUUUACUGGAAAUAAUAAGCAAAGACAUCUAAGCCUUCACAGAGCAGAUGAGACUCGACUCAACGGCCUUGAACUCGCUAUCAGCCGCCACGCUGACCUUCAUCUGAGGACUGAAAUACAGUCAAAACCAGCGAGGACAAGGACUGUGCCUACUGAUAAUGAACUACUGAACUGUCUGCAGCACACAGGAAUUGUGAAAUUGUAUUUUUAUAAUUGUGCUACUAAAUGUAUUUGUGUUCCAGCAAUCUUUUUCGGGAUCUUUUCACAAAAGAACAAUUUCUAUGGUUCAUAACCAGAUGUAGGACGGCACGUAUUAUCUCUUACAUUCACUGUAUGAGUGAAGCUUGAAAUGUGGGGUUAGAUUGAGAUUCGAUUCACUUUUUCCCCAGUCUGCAGUAUGUAGAGAGGAGAUGAACGCUAUUAUGGCAGCAAACAUACAAAAAAAACAACAAUAUGAUACAUAUUAGUCAUUUGUGUUAAUAGUCUGUCUUGACAAAUCUGUUUAUUUAUUGUUCGUUUUUAAAUGCAAAUAGUUUUAUAAGUUAACCGCUUCUAGGUAGGCUAUGUUGUGUUCAGGUUAUGUAAAAAAUAUUCAUAUAUAAUAUCAGUGCUAAUGUCAGAUGUGAGUAGCUGUAUUUGAUUCAAACAUUUUUCAGACUAGAAUGUAAAUGGAGUUAUGAAUCUCAUAAAGAACAUGUUCCGGUCUUAAUUUACUCUACCUAUUUAAAAACAUGUUUUGCAUAAUAAAUGAAGCCUAUUUUUUAG